UAUGUGUAUAAUGUCAGAGCGGAAAUGGUCACUGAUCAUGGAGGAACACUAGUGGAACGACUGACUGUUCAGAAUAUGUGGAUUACAUAGUGAUAACUCUUUUUUUUGAUAUGGCUGAUCUGUCACAGUCUCAGUGUUGGCAGCACCGUCUCGGGAAAUAAUGCUAUAGAUGAACAGAAGGAAUAUAUCGUUUGAUUAGGCUGGAAAUUACGUAAAAUCGCUGCGUUGAUCUUUUGUUUAGAACGGAAAUGUGUGUAUUCACAGAUUCAGCGUAAAGGAGUUCAACAGUUUCUGGAAGAUUUCUAAGUAACCGGCAUUCUGUUACAUUUAGAUAUGGAGAGUAUAGACAAAGACUGCACAGUACUGGGAGGGCUGUUCCAGAUCAUAGUCAAUGACAUGAGGGGCAGCUCCUUCAUUUGGGAAGAUUUCACUUGUAAGGCUGCCAAGCUGCACUCUUCCCUCAAAGCUACACUAGGUGCCAUUGGCGCAUUUUUAGAUGCUUUCCAGAAGGUUGCAGACAUGGCAACAGGAUCAAGAGGUGCUACCAAGGAUAUUGGUUCAGCCUUAACAAGACUUUGUAUGCGGCAUAGAACGAUAGAGGCCAAACUUAAGAGUCUGACUUUGUCAAUCGUUGACAAUUUGGUGAACCCUCUACAAGAAAAGGGAGAAGACUGGAAGAAAACAGUGGCUCAACUGGAUAAAGAACAUGCAAAAGAGUACAAGCGUGCUAGACAAGAAAUCAAGAAGGCUGCCUCCGACACAAUGAGAUUACAGAAAAAGGUGAAAAAGAGUACAGGUAAGAAUGACAUGCAGAUUAAACUGGAUAGUGCCAUGCAAGAUGUCAAUGACAAAUACCUGCUGCUGGAGGAGACGGAGAAAACUGCUGUGAGAAAUGCACUGAUAGAAGAACGGGGGCGCUUCUGUAUCUUCAUCGGCUGCCUACGACCAUUUGUGGAACAUGAGAUUGGCCUACUGACAGAAAUAACACAUCUGCAGGAGAUUAUGGAUGGGUUAUGCUAUGGGGCCAGUGAGCCAGACAAAUUGCCAACUGCAAGUGAACAGUGCAUAAUCGACAUGAAAGGCCAGGACACCACUACAUGGAACUUCCAGCAACAGUCCCCACCUAGUUCUCCAAGCUCCUUGGGCUCCAGGAAAUCCAGCAUGUGUAGCAUCAACAGUAUCAAUAGUUCAUCCAGUGGGUCCCUCAAGUCACACUCCCCUAGUCACUUGACAAGGAACCGAAACUCUGUACAGCAUCCCAAAGUAGGUGACGUUGUACGCCUUACAAGUGUGUCAUCACAAGACUCUGGGUUUACCUCUCAAGACACAUUGUUCCUGCGACCGGCUACCCCAAACUCUCUCAGUAUCCGACAGAAGGUUGCGGACAGUCGCAGUGCGGGUUCAGAUACUCCGGAGGACACAACACCUUCGGACAACACUCCAUCAGCAAGCUCCACCUGGACAACCUGGCCAAACCCACCCAAUCCUGGGGCAAAGCCUGAGGCCCAGCGCCCUCACACCAUAUCGUCAGCUUAUGAGAAAUCUCAGAAACGUCCUGCAUUGUCGUCCAAGCUAUUUGAGCCAUUGUUGCAAGAGGGGGAUGACCAGCCAUUAGAACAGCCAGUUCUCCGACAUGAGAGGUCUAAUAGUACAUCCGAUUCGGUAAAUCCUUACUUGCGCCCCCAGUCAGCCACAAUCAACAAACUGCAGCCCAUGCUGCCUCCACUGGCUCCAAAACCAAAGUCACGUGCUGUGGCUCCUCCUAAACUCCCAAUAGCAGGAGAUUCCCAGGCAUUAUAUGUGAAUCUGACAGACCUUGCCAACAUGGCAGUGGAGCAACAGAAGGACCAGGGUACAGACAGUGACAUCACACCGACAGAGAGGAGCCCUCCCGCCACCAUGUCUGAGCAGCAGAUAAAGCAGAAUUCUUUGGAGCUUGCAGAGGCUAUUAAAGAAUUGGAGGCAUCCACAGCCGCUUUACAAUCAACCUAUGACAUGCCUAGCAUGGCAAGCCAGAACUCACUCCAGUGUUCCAGCGGCUACAGCACAAUGGACAGCACUCCAGCUGGCUCCAAGGACACAAUCGCAUCUGGCGAUUAUGAUUUAACAACAGAACUGGAUUAUGUGCCGGAAAUUGAGAAGUACUAUACCAUUCCUCGUAACUCUGAGAUUGGGAAUGUGUACAGGCAGUUGCAAGCCAUGCGCCCUGCCUCCUUAGCAGGUAUCCCUGUGUCCGGCUCACAGGUAGCAAGACGGCCCUCGAUGAACCCUCCCAAACCGCCCCCUCCUGUGCGUAGGUCAUCCUCCAUAAGUACAGCAGCUGCACCACCUAUUGUCCAGCGUCUGAGGAAGACCCCACCACGUGACAUGGCACACAAAGUACAUCCUCCAGCUUCCUCAGGGCACCGACGCAGUAGCAGUUCUGGGGGUCUGUCAGAGCCUGCAUAUGCUGAUCUGCAGACAAUACAACAGAGCAUCCAGUCACGGCAUCAACAGCAGAACCAGCUACUACAAGCUAAUCCUUACGCUACCACAGGCACCCAGCACAUAACACUGUCAGCACCGCCUACACCCUCACAACACAUGCCACAGCCACUGCCCCAUGGUGGCAUUAACAAUCAAAGAGGACAGCAUCCACUUUCAAGGCAGAUUGUGAAUCCACAUUGUAAAAGAGUUGGUGGAACUGAUGCACCAACAGAUCCUCCCCCAGGCAUACCAGGGAUUGGAUUGAAAAAACAGGGGAAUGCUCCAUCCUCUCCACCACCAAACAUGGAUGUUGACUUGCCUCCGCCCCCAACAGAGUGGGAGCUGGAGGAGAUAGAAAAGGUGUAUAGUUGCCCUCCACCCAUCAAACCGAAGCCCCAUUCCCAAGGGGAAAAUCCAGAAAAUGUCCGAGCUUCCUUAUUAUCAGAACUCAAACUUGGACCCAAACUACGACGAGUGACUUCUACCGAUGAUGGGUCGGAAUGCUAGGGGAGAGAGUGCUUUGUGGGUUUUUUUAAAUGAAUAUUUAUAUGCCCAGGUAUUGAAUACUGGUGGAAUCACAGGGGUUAUCUACCCUGCUCACAGCUGUACUGUGAGACAUUUCAACAUACUUUUUAUUCCUUUUUCCAUUUAUUUUUGGAUGUGUGAACAUUGAGUCAAAGGCUCAAAGGUCACCUAUUCCAAUUGCUUUUCGUCCUUCGUCGCCCAUUGUCUGUAACUUUUUUAGCCCACCAUCAUCUGAUGGUGGGCUAUUUAAAUCACCCUGCGUCCGUGGUCUGUGGUCCGUCCGUCCGUCCGCUGUCCACCGUCCGUCGUCCGUCCUUUAAGAGCUCUUGUUAUCGGUAUUCCUCAAGAAGUACCAGAGGGAUCUUUCUCAAAUUUUAUAUCUAGGUUCCCCUUGGUACUUAGCUGUGCAAGGCAACUUUUGAGACUGAUUGGAUAAACGACAGGCAGCCUUAUUGGAUUUUGAUAGUGAAAGUUUGUUUUCGCU